GCGCGGCUUGCUGCCGACUGCCGCGCGCGCUUGUCGAUGACGCCGUCGCUCUUUCUCCAAUCCCGGACAUUCGGGUGACCGAGCUCGUGCGAGAGUGGGUCUCGGGGAAUCCGGACGCCUCGCCGCGUGAAUGCAUUUAUGGAUGCGUCGGGCGCAGAAGUAGCAAGCGCGCUUAUGGCUAGAGUGAGCAGCACAAUGUCUGAAAAUUCAUCUGUGAAGCUGGUGGGCAUCACUCCUCUGCAGCAGAUGUUGGCAUCUGGGACUGGGGCCCUUUUCACCUCCCUUUUUGAAUCAAUGACAAAACUCCAAGAAAUAAUGAUUAAAAAUCAUAAUGAAACAAGAGCGGAUAUUAGUGAAUUAAAAGAAGAGAUGGGAAAGUUAAAAGCCGAGAUGAAAGCGGACAUUCUUAAGGUAGAGGACAAGAUUGGAACACUACAACAGGCUCUGGAAAAAAACGAAACAAUGAUAAAAGAAAUAGAGACAAGGACGGAACGAACGGAAAAGAAUUUGGAAAAGGUAGACGUAGAAUUUAAAAAUGUAAGCAAAGAAAUGGAAGAUUCAUUGGUCUACCUAGAAAUGGAUAAGGCGGCUGCAUACCUGAGAUUCCAGAAUGUGGAGGAAUCUAAGGAAGAAGAUCUCGAGCAGCUAAUGGCAGAAAUAUUGGCCGAACUGUUGGGAAAAGACAAAGAUGACAUACUCAGGGAAUUUGAUGAAGUCUACAGGGUCAGCACCAACUAUGCGAGACGUCAUAAAUGCCCGAGAGAGGUCCACAUUCGUUUUGCGAGAAGGAGUGUUCGAGAUAUAAUAUUUAGGAUGUCUAGAGACGGAACAAUAAUUGUGUCCAUGUUGUUUCUUUCAGUGUUGUCAGUACAGUCUAUGCCCUGGAGCAUUCACCAGCCCAAAUGGAAAUGCUUCCUUUACUGCAAUGGCCUCAUGGACCACCUCUAUGUCUGUCAGAAUGGGAACAGCUGCACAGCCUGGUACAAGGCUCCCACUCAUUUUACCGGCACCUUGGAUGCUUUUGUGAAGAUCAUACGGCAUGAAGGUAUUCGAUCCUUGUGGAGUGGCCUGCCACCUACUCUAGUUAUGGCUGUCCCUGCUACCGUGAUCUAUUUCACUUCUUAUGAUCAACUACGUGAUUUGUUGCAUGUUAAGAUGAACAGCCAAGGACACUAUAUCCCACUGGUGGCUGGUGCAGUUGCCAGAUUGGGUGCAGUAACUAUGAUCAGCCCCUUGGAACUCAUACGAACAAAAAUGCAGUCUCGUCAGCUGAGCUACCAGGAACUUCGUGUCUGCAUCCAGUCUGCAGUGGCACAAGAUGGAUGGAUGUCUCUUUGGAGGGGCUGGGGUCCAACAGUGUUACGGGAUGUUCCUUUCUCAGCUCUAUAUUGGUGUAAUUAUGAACUAAUGAAAGAUCUGCUGUGUAGGCAGUUCUGCCUUGAUGAAGCCACUUUCAUGAUCAGUUUUUCAGCUGGAGCUGUUUCUGGCAUGGUGGCUGCUACUUUGACUUUGCCCUUUGAUGUUGUAAAGACUCAGCGACAGAUUGAGCUAGGAAACAUGGAGACACUCCAAGUUACCACUCCCAAAUCUUCAUCAACUUGGCUACUUAUGCAGAAGAUUUGGGCAGAAUCUGGCACACGGGGACUCUUUACAGGUUUUCUGCCUCGUGUUAUCAAAGUGGCUCCAGCCUGCGCUAUCAUGAUUAGCACAUAUGAAUUUGGCAAGACCUUCUUCCAGAAAAUGAACCAGGAACGGCAGUUAAAUAGUCUCUGAAGCCUAUAAACAGAGUUUUGGAUGGUGGCCUCCAGUGGACCAAAGAAAUGCGGAUGGCAAGAUAAAGGACACAUUUUGAUAGAUGGGGGGGGGGCAAUUUGUGAAUAGGGUUGGAUAUAAAAGUGGAUCCAGCUGUGAAUAAUUUUAAUCAAGAUUAAGAAGACCACAUAACCAAUAAAUCUCUUGCUUGCUUUCCUUAGAGGAUUUCUCAUUCAUCAGGCAAAUUCCAGGUGCCUUUAGCUAGCUUCUGGUCUCCUGCCUUUCUCUUUUUCCUGAUGGACAGCUAAGCCUCUUGGCUUUAAACCCUCUUAGGUAUUGUCCAGAUUGGAUGCUAUAACUUUUGGCUUAUUUGAAGAGGAGAUGCUCCAGAAUAUCUUAGGUUUAAGCCAAUUGCAUAGAAUGAUCUCAGAGCAUUGGGAUUGUUGGCCAGUUGCAAAAGGAAAAAAAAACAAGGGGGACAAAACAGCCUAGCAAUUGCCAUGCCCACUGCUUCAUUACUAUUAUUAUUAUUAUUAUUAUUGGUAGGUCUUCAUAGAGUAAAAGUUGCUGGUAGACAGCAGAUGUUUCCAUCUGUUAUCAAAGGUUUUAUUGGCUUGCAUGCUUUUUUUUUUAACCUUUUCCUGUGCAUGAGAAAUAUAGUUGUCUGAAGUUGCAAUCCUAUGCUGGACUUUGACAGCUUUGAAUAGAAACACUGAAUUUGAACACUCAGGUUUUGCCCAGCUCUUCCCUUCAUGCUGUCACAAACGGCUUGAACUCUGAAAUCUUCACACUGAGUAGCAUGAAUGAAAAUGAAUUGGACUCCUGUUCUCUAGUUCAAUAUCUACUAUAUUGAAGGAGAGCUCAGAAUAGCUAGUCAAGGUUUGUUUUGAUGCCAGAUAUCAUAUGUAGCAUCAUUAGCAGUUGAUAGUCUUGUCCCUUCUGUGUUGUUAAUUUAUGUGCCUGCUGCUUAUAUAUUUGUAGAGGGGGGAAAGCUGAGCUUUUUAUUUCUUGAAUAAAAUUCACCCUUUUUUAGCAAAACAGCAGUACACAUUACUUGACUGUUGAUAUGUCUUUCUGUUGGGUUUUCCUUUCCUUGCAUCCUCAUUGGGUACCCUUAGAUUGUAUUAUAAAACUCAGGUCACUGUUUUUGAGAUCUCAUAUCUUUUGACCAUGCUAUUGGAAUUUAGGAAGAACACUGAAGAGUAUGAUUUUCUGCUGUUAUCUGAAAUCUUGGAAUGACAUUGUCAAAAAAAGACAGAUGAUAAGUUUAAAGAACAAAAUACGUUGUUGGAAUUGAUGUAUCACCAAUACAAUAGUUUGAUGGGUUAUAGAGAAUAUAGUGAAUCAUUUUGAAAUAAUAAAAUUUAAUGAGAAUG